AUGCGCGUGGUUACCAUAGUAAUCCUGCUCUUCUUCUGUAAAGCCGCUGAGCUCGGCAAGGCAAGCCCUGGGGGCACAAGAAACCGAGUGAAUCAUGGCCGGGCUGGUGGGAGCCGAAAAACCUCCAACCCAGUCAAACGCUAUGCACCAGGCCUCCCCUGCGAAGUGUACAUGUAUCUUCACGAGAAAUACUUAGAUUGUCAAGAAAGAAAAUUAGUUUUUGUGCUGCCUGGCUGGCCUCAGGAUUUGCUGCACAUGCUAUUAGCAAGAAACAAAAUCCGCAUAUUGAAGAACAACAUGUUUUCCAAGUUUAAAAAGCUGAAAAGCUUGGAUCUGCAACAGAAUGAGAUCUCCAAGAUUGAGAGUGAGGCUUUCUUCGGUUUAAAUAAACUUACCACUCUCUUACUGCAGCACAACCAGAUCAAAGUCUUGACAGAGGAAGUGUUCAUUUAUACACCUCUCCUGAGCUACCUGCGUCUUUAUGACAAUCCCUGGCACUGUACUUGUGAGAUGGAAACGCUUAUUUCAAUGUUGCAGAUUCCAAAGAACCGGAAUUUGGGGAACUACGCCAAGUGUGAAAGCCCACACGAACUGAAAAAUCAAAAACUGAGGCAGAUAAAAUCUGAACAGUUAUGUAAUGAAGAGGAAAAGGAACAAUUGGGUCCAAGACCCCAAGUGUCAGGGAAACCCCCAAUCAUCAGGCCCGAGGCGGACUCUUCUCUUUGCCACAAUUACGUGUUCCCCAUACAAACCCUGGACUGCAAAAGGAAAGAGUUGAAGAAAGUUCCAAACAACAUCCCUCCAGAUAUUGUUAAACUUGACUUGUCACACAAUAAAAUCAACCAGCUUCGACCCAAGGAGUUUGAAGAUGUUCAUGAGCUAAAGAAAUUAAACCUCAGCAGCAAUGGCAUUCAAUUCAUAGAUCCUGCUGCUUUUCUAGGACUCACACAUUUGGAAGAGUUAGAUUUAUCAAACAACAGUCUGCAAAACUUUGACUAUGGAGUGUUAGAAGAUUUGUAUUUUUUGAAACUCUUGUGGCUCAGAGACAACCCCUGGAGGUGUAACUACAACAUCCACUACCUCUACUACUGGUUGAAGCACCACUACAAUGUGCACCACAGCGGCCUGGAGUGCAGAAUGCCCGAAGAGUACAAAGGGUGGUCUGUGGGGAAGUACGUUCGGAGUUACUAUGAAGAAUGCCCCAAAGACAAACUACCAGUGUACCCUGAAACAUUUGACCAGGAUACGGAGGAUGAUGAGUGGGAAAAAGUACAUAGGGAUCACACAGCAAAGAAGCAAAGUGUAAGAAUCACUAUUGUGGGAUAACUUAGAAGUUGUUCUGGUUGCAGCUAGUUUUCUAUUUGCUAUACUUGUGUCGGAAAACUGCAUGUUUACAUUUUAAUUAACUGUGUCACCUAUUUAUGCAGGGUUAGCCAGCUAAAGGAAGGUUUCCUUAAUUAUUAUUAUUAUUAUGACAAUAAUAGUAAUCAAGGGGAUACUCUCAUUCUGCUUGCCUGCCUCUUUGCAGAACUGCCUUUAAUGAUGAUUCCACACUAGGAACCUGCAGGAGUUAAGUCCUAAUGAUGGCGUUAGAAUUUUGUAAUGUCCUGUAUCAAUGUUUUUACUGCUUUUUGAAAAUAAUAAAACUUGGCUCAUUUUUA